AUGAGACCGUCGCUGAUUCAACAGUUUAUGGCUGAUUUACCGGCAUCGAGAGUUACGGCGGCGAGACCAUUUUCGACUACUGGCGUCGAUUACUUUGGGCCAGUGUACAUUAGGUCAGGAUAUCGGCGGACCGCAGUAAAGGCAUACGUAUCGGUGUUUGUCUGCUUUGUGACGAAGGCGACACACCUAGAUUGGGUCACUGAUCUUUCGACGGCACGGUUUAUUCAGGCUUUGCGGAGAUUCACGUCACGUCGGGGAAAAUGUGCUACAUUGUGGUCCGAUAAUGGCACUAACUUCGUUGGAGCUAAAAACCAGAUGCGAGAGCUGCUGAAAAUCCUGAACACCAAAGAACAUCACCAGAAGGUUGCCAAGGAGUGUGCGGAUGAUGGAAUGCAGUGGAAGUUCAUACCCCCUGGAGCUCCCCAUUUCGGUGGCCUCUGGGAGGCUGCUGUGCGAUCGGCGAAAAAACAUCUUUUGAAGGUGCUAGCGGACACACCAGUCUGCUACGAGGAUAUGACGACUCUUCUAACACAAGUCGAGAGCUGCCUGAACUCGCGGCCUCUGACUCAGCUUUCGGAUGAUCCUGAUGACUUGCGGCCACUCACACCAGGUCAUUUCCUGGUUGGUUCUGCUCUCCAAUCAAUACCAUCAGCAGACUACACCGACACAGCUUACGGGAGACUGAAGACGUGGGAAGCUGUACAGAAGAGGUUGCAAGACUUUUGGCGGCGGUGGAAAACCGAGUACCUCAAUCAACUACAAGGGCGCGUUAAGUGGUGGAAACCACCAGUUGGAAUCAGGCAAGGCAGCUUAGCAGUGAUUCGUGACGACAACUUACCGCCAACGAAAUGGAGAAUGGCGCGAAUCAUUUCGACCCACCCGGGACCAGAUGGGGUGGUCCGAGUAGUCACUCUACGAACAGCGAACGGGACAGUGGAUAGACCGGUUGACAAAAUUUGCAUCUUACCGGUUGCAACGGAUGAAGGAGAUCUCAAUGCGAACGAAACGAUCAACUGA